CACAAACACUUCGGUUUGAGAUGCUCAACGAUGGAUAUGCCAGACUUGUAGAUGUUUUAUCUACACUACGUUGCCCAUAUACUAUGGCAACAUUUGAGCAACAACUGGUAGAGACGGUCAUCCACCAUCAAAUGCAACCCAGCAUGAAUGCAUCAUCUUGUUUAGUGGUGGCGAUGUAGCGCAUCCAAUCUAUUAAUAGCGAUGGCCGAAGCGGCCUCCACCCCUGGGGCUACAGCCGGCUACCCACGGAAUCAAAUUCUGGCGACUCUAUACGGUCAGGCUGUGGGGGAUGCUAUUGGUUUGCUGACCGAGUUCCUCACUAAAGAGGAGGCUAAAGAGAAAUACCGCGAAGUUGAAAAGCACCUCGAACUGGAACACAAAAGUUUAUCUCCUGAAGCUCACAGAAAACGGUUUAAGGAAGGUGACUGGACCGAUGACACGGACCAGAUGAUACUCAUUCUACAGUGUCUUAUAGACAAUGAUGGACAGGUUAAACCCGAGGAUUUUGCAGGAAAGUUAAAGUUUUGGUCUCGGAAUGGCUUCCCCGAACUCGGUGACUUCGUCGGCCAUGGAAUUGGUACCACAACAGCGAAAGUUAUGUCUAACCCCGAGUUUGUGACUCAGCCACAUGAGGCAGCGUUUGGUCUCUGGGAUAGAACCGGUAGAAAGGUCGCUUCUAAUGGCGCCGUCAUGAGGACGUCGAUUCUAGGGAUACACCAGUACUGGGACACUGACGCCGUGGCUGACAAUGCCAUUGCUAUAUGUAAGACGACCCAUUACGAUCCAAGGUGUCAGGCCUCGACAGUGGCGGUGUCCGUCGCCAUCAGCCUGAUGUUGAGGAGGCAGCCCCAACACCUCAAGAAGAACGGUAACUACGACAUCGACAAGAUUAUACAGGAGUGCUUCCAUGUGGCUUCUUCCAAGUGUUUGGAGACAGACGAGCAGAAAAAGGAGCUGAACAAGUACCUUAAGUGUAAGAAGAUAAAAAACCUGGAACUUUGCGAGGAGAGAAAGAUCGGGUACACCUACAAGUGUAUGGGCUGCGGGUUCUGGGCUCUGAGGCAGAAGGACUUCAGGAAGGCACUGCAGACAAUCGUUAUGGAGGGAGGGGAUGCUGACACAAAUGGUGCUGUAGCUGGAGCUCUCCUUGGCUGUAAGUUAGGAAUGUCUGCACUUCCGGUGUCAUGGGUGUCUAAACUUAUUCACAAGGAUUGGCUGGAUGAAAAAAUUGAAAGGUUUGUGAAGAUUUUGGUGCGAAUGAGAGACUGCAAGGCAACCCACGAAGCUGCAGACAAACCAAGUCAGGACCAAGAAGGUUAAUAUAGGAAGAAACUAAAACCUCAAGAAGACAGUAAUGCAUGUAUCACAAACUUAUUCUUUGUUGAUCUGUUUAGUAAUACGUAUAUAUUAUACGUGUAGCUCCGUGUCAAUGUGAUCUUCCCACUGGAACCAUCUGAAUAUAUUCAGUGCCGCUCAGUUUGAUUAUGUAAAGAGUAGGCAAGACACAUGGAGACGCAUACAGUACUUCUGAAAAUAUUAAAAUUCUGGAAUCAAUCCACAAUUUUAUCACAAAAUUACAUAAGAAAGUAACUUCCAUAAAAAAACGUAUCACCAAUUAAUAUUUACAUCCACCUAACUGUUGCUGACCCUUUACUAAAUAAAAAUAUGUGUACAAAUACACAUCACAGAUAUUGUUGUUAUCAUACUUCUGUGUUUCUGUAUAACAUGCAAUUGUUACCUCGUAUAAUAAUGUAUAUAUGUUCUGACUUACAGUUUGUACCAUGUGGUAUGGGAGCGGUGUUAACAUAAGCUGUAACAGCUUGUUCACUAAUCCCUAUUUAUUUAUUGAAUAAAAAUCUGUAUAAAUAAUGUGGAGAAUAAAUAGCAUUGUAUUUA